UGUGAAAUGUUUACAAAAUAGAUUCGAAACUGUGCAGGGAAUUAUUUAUUUAUUACUUAAAUGAAGUAAACAUAAAAAUAAGUCACAGCCCGAAAUAAAUAAUAUUUGUUUGGGGAAUAAAUUCAAAAUUUAUUAAGUAAAUAUUUCCAAAAACAAAGUAAACUUUAAUGAAUGUUAGUCAGAUCUGAAAAUAAAUAAAGAAAUAUUCAUUCGGAUUUGUGAAAUAUUGUGAAAAUGGAUCCUCCUUCAGUACCGGCUCGAGUUGUUAAAGUUUUGGGUAAAAUCGGCGCACGCGGAAUUCUCACCGAGGUUCGCUUGGAGUUGCUCAAGUUUCCACGCACGCAAAUUUUACGUGCUGUCAAGGGUCCAGUACGUUUGGGUGAUAUUAUCAGAAUUACCGAUGGAGCAGAGAAUGUUUGGCGUCGUUAAUAUUUAAAUUCAAAAAUCAUAUAUUUGGCACGUGUUGACAAAAUUCAAAUGCAUUAAUAAAUU